GCGCCUCGGGGAGGUAAGCGCGCCCCAGGACGGUCCUGGCUGCUCGGGAGCGCGCCCUAGCGUCCCGCCCUGUCUCGGUCCCGCGGGCCGGCUUCGGACGCGGCGGCCAGCCCGGCGGGGUCAUCCAAGCAAACAAGCAGUCACCACUUAGAGGAGACAGUAUAAGGAAUUAAUCUUAUUACCAGUGGCAUUCAAACAUUUGUGAAAUUUAAGAAUUGUAACUGCUGUUCUGAUUCAUGGAUCUUCAAAGAAAGCAGAGAAGAUUUGAAGAUUUAUACUUUGUAUGCAGAUUUGAAGACCAAUACCUUAUGAGCUUGUAAAACAGGAGCUGGAAAUAGAAUGGUGAACAAAACGGUUGGUUGCUGCUCUGUCAGAACCUAAGGUUUAGUGAGGAAGAUAAAACCAAGCAAACAAGCAACAGUUAAGUGAGAUGAAUGCCCUGGUCGGGGAAGUAAAAGAAGACCUGUUUGAGAUGUGGUGGUUUCAGCAAGGUCUCAGUUUCCUCCCUUCUGCCCUAGUAAUUUGGACAGCUGCUGCUUUCAUAUUUUCAUACAUUACGGCCAUAACACUUCACCAUGUUGACCCUGCUCUGCCUUAUAUCAGUGACACUGGUACAGUAGCUCCAGAAAAAUGCUUGUUUGGGGCAAUGUUAAAUAUUGCCGCAGUUUUGUGCAUUGCUACCAUUUAUGUUCGUUACAAGCAAGUUCAUGCCCUGAAUCCUGAAGAGAGUCGUAUCAUCAAAUUAAACAAGGCUGGCCUUGUACUUGGGUUACUGAGUUGUUUUGGACUUUCUGUUGUGGCAAACUUCCAGAAAACAGCCUUUUUUGUUGUGCAUGUAUGUGGAGCUGUGCUCACCUUUGGUAUGGGCUCGUUAUACAUGUUCGUUCAGACCAUCCUUUCCUACCAAAUGCAGCCCAAAAUUCAUGGCAAACAAGUCUUCUGGAUCAGACUACUGGUGGUUAUCUGGUGUGGAGUAAGUGCAUUUAGCAUGCUGACUUGCUCAUCCCUUUUGUACAGUGGGAAUUUCGGCACAGAUAUCGUACAGAAACUCCAUUGGAACCCCGAGGACAGAGGUUAUGUGCUUCACAUGGUCACCACUGCAGCAGAAUGGUCUAUGUCUUUCUCCUUCUUUGGUUUUUUCCUGACUUACAUCCGUGAUUUUCAGGUAAGAAAACACAGCAUUAGAUUUAUGCAAACUUCCCUCAGGUGGAAUAAAAGAAGUUGCUAUAGUCAAGUCUCCAACCUUUCUGAAAAUUAACUUCAUAAGCAGCGAUGCCAGAAGAGCUUCUCAGAAAAUUUCUUUACGAGUGGAAGCCAAUUUACAUGGAUUAACUCUCUAUGACACUGCCCCUUGCCCUGUGAACAAUGAACGAACACGGCUACUUUCCAGAGAUUUAUGAUGAAGGGAUAAAAUAUAUCUGUGAUGAUUAUGAUUCUCAGGGAUUGGGGGAAAUGUUCAUGAAAGUUCCUUAUUCUGCUCUGAAAUUUUUAACCAGUUAAUCAAGGCUGACAGUGAUGUUGAUGAGUACUGAUAAUCAAGAGACAUAAAUAAAGCCAUUUCACAAGUUAUUUUAAAGGAUAUCUUCAAGAAGACCAUGUAAAAACAUUUAUGCCUAUACUUUUUUUAAUCCCAGAAAAUAAAACCAAAGGACUACAACACUGUA